CGACUGUGCUAAUGAGAAAUGUGCUUUAUUUUAUAAUUUUCAAAACACACGUGCUAUCGAAAUGAAAGUGACGUCUUAAAAUAACCUUAGUAUAUUCGUUUAAUACUUUUAAAACAAAACAUGCCUGAAUUUAAGGAACAAAAAGAUACAUUAUUUCUAAAAUUACCAACAACCAUCGAAGAAGAAUUAACUAUUAAAAAUCUUCAUCCAGAUAUUGAAGAUGUUCGCAUUCCACGCCAGAAACGAGCACGCUUUUGUACAAUCAAAUUUACAGACUUGGAAAAAUGUGAGAAAGUUAAAAAUGAUUUGAGUGAGAAAAAAGUUGAUGGAAAACGAAUAAUUGUUGCGUACGGGAGAAAGAAAAUUAUUAAAGAUGAAAAACAAUGUAUCAAAUUAAUUGUAAUGAAAUUGCCGGAUGACAUUCAUAAAAAGGAAGUUCAAAAAGCAAUACCAAAAGCAACAAAAGUAAAAAUCAGAAGAGCAAAUAAAAAGCGUAAAUUUACGUGGGCACUUUUAAUAUUUGAAUCAAAAUCGGAUGCAGAACAAAUUGUAUCGAACGGAACAUUAAAUAUUAAGGAUGUCGAUGUUGAGGUCAAGUAUUAUAAGAAACGGAAACUAGAAGAUGUGAAAGAAAAAAAUAAGUCGAAAAAAGAACUUAAGAAAAAAAGUAAAUCCAAGGAACAAACCAUAAACAGAUACUAUCAAGUAACACCACAAAAUUUAAAAGAAGACAAUGAUGAUUCAGACAAUUCGGCAGAUAGUGUUAUGACUGAUGUAUCAGAUAAUUCAGAUUUGGAAUCAUUCGAUUUAGAAUAUACUGGAAAUUUUAAUUCCGAUUCAGAUUAAUACAAUUGUUUUAUUUGAAUUGUGCUGUUUAAAUUUGUAUCAUAAAUUGUAAGACCAGGCCUUGAUCUAGCUAUUUAGCCGCUCCGGACAAAAAUAAUAUUUGCCGCCCUUUACACUCAUACUAUAUACAGGAUAAAUAAAUUUAAUUGAGGAAAAUGCUUCAAACAAAAAUAUUAGUUUCAAAGACACACAUCUUAUAUCGGCAUCGAAUUAGAUCUUAGUUUUCAGGUUCAUUUAAAAUCCCACUCUGAUUCAUAACAGACAAACAUUAAAUGAACGCUUUAUAUUAGAAAGUUGUUCUUUAUAAA